UUUGCCUAUUCUUAUUUUAGGAACUGUUAACAUUCAGGGAUGUAGCCAUUGAUUUUACUGAAGAGGAGUGGGAAUGCCUUCAGCCUGCUCAGAAAAAUUUAUAUAGAGAUGUGAUGCUAGAGAACUAUAGAAACUUGGCCUUCCUGGCCAUGGCUUUUAAUCACACCCAAGAAUAUUCACCAGAAAAGGGCCUAAAACAUAUAUUUCAUGAAGUGAUAAGUGCAAAAUAUAGAAGUUGUGAUCUUGACUGUUUACAACAAAAGAAAAUAUGGAAAACUACAAGUGAGAGUUUACACCAGAAAUCAUAUAAAAAAUCAGGCCUUGUUCACCACCAGAGAAUUUAUACUGGAGAGAAGUCCUACAUAUAUGAAAAAUGUUGCAAAGCUUUUAGUAAAAAAAAAGGUCUUAUUUACCACAGAGGAACCCACAAUGGAGAAAAGCUCUACAAAUGUAAAGAAUGUGGCAAAGCUUUUGGUCAAAAAUCACACCUUAAUUGCCACAGGAGAACUCACACUGGAGAGAAGCCCUACAAAUGUACAGAAUGUGGCAAAGCUUUCAGUCGAAAAUCACACCUUACUUGUCACAUCAGAACUCACACUGGAGAGAAGCCUUACAAAUGUAAAGAAUGUGGCAAAGCUUUCAGUCUAAAAUCGAUCCUAAUUUGCCACAGCAGAACUCACUCUGGAGAGAAGCCCUACAAAUGUAAAAAUUGUGGCAAAGCUUUUGGUCGAAAAUCAAACCUUAUUUGCCACAAGAGAACUCACACUGGAGAGAAGCCCUACAAAUGUAAAGAAUGUGGCAAAGCUUUCAGUCAAAAAUCACCCCUAAUUUUCCACAGAAGAAGUCACACUGGAGAGAAGCCCUACAAAUGUAAAGAAUGUGGCAAAGCUUUUGGUCGAAAAUCACACCUUAUUCGCCACAGGAGAACUCAUACAGGAGAGAAGCCCUACAAAUGUAAAGAAUGUGGCAAAACUUUCAGUCGAAUAUCAUACCUUGUUUGCCACAGAAGAACUCACACUGGAGAGAAGCCCUACAAAUGUAAAGAAUGUGGCAAAGCUUUCAGUCUAAAAGAAGGCCUUAUUUACCACAGCAGAAGUCACACUGGGGAGAUGUCAUAUAAAUGUAAAGAUUGUGGCAAAGCUUUUCGUCACAAAACACACCUUGAUAACCACAGCAUAACUCACACUGGAGAGAAGCCCUAUAAAUGUAAAGAUUGUGGCAAAGCUUUUGGUCGAAAAUCGUACCUUAUUUACCACAGCAGAACUCACACUGGAGAGAAGCCCUACAAAUGUACAGAAUGUAGCAAAGCUUUUGGUCACAAAUCACAGCUUAUUUGCCACAGAAGAACUCACACUGGAGAGAAGCCCUACAAAUGUACAGAAUGUGGCAAAGCUUUUGGUCACCAAUCACACCUUGUUAACCACAGAAGAACUCACAGUGGAGAGAAGCCCUACAAAUGUACAGAAUGUGGCAAAGCUUUUGUUGCCAAAUCAAACCUUAUUCACCACAGCAGAACUCACAGUGGAGAGAAGCCCUACAAAUGUACAGAAUGUGGCAAAGCUUUUGGUCAAAAAGUAGGCCUUAUUCGCCACAACAGAAGUCACUGGAGAGAAGCCCUAAAAAUGUAAAGAAUGUGGCAAAGCUUUUACUCAGAAAACAGGCUUUAUUUGCCACAGCAGAACUCAAAGUAGAGAGAAGUCUUACAAAUGCAAAGAAUGUGGCAAAGCGUUCAGUCAAAAAUCACACCUCAUUUGCCACAACAGAACUC